GUCCUGAAGAGAGCUGUUUCUCUCUUCAAGAGCAGUUCUCACCUUCCGGAUGUGCCAGGUCGCGAGCGGCCUGCGCCGAGUUUCUGGCCGCGCCGCCUCCGCUAGAAGCACGAGCCAGCCGCUUCCUCCAGUCAGGACUUGCUAGCAGCAGCUCGUUCGGCGACUUCGGCCACAAAAGGCGUCCAGAUGGGGGUGUGAAAGAUGCAGAUGGAGGUGCCAUCAUCGAGGAGACGACGUGCCCCAAGCUCGGUCUCGCAGAGAACGAGCACGGCACCGGGCUAAAGGCCGGGCACCUCCAGCUAGGGCUCUCAGCCAUCUUCGUGCUUGGGAUACCGAUUGGCAUCGUCGGAGGGUGCUUGUACCAGGUGUACGAGCGGAUCGCCAAAGCCCGCGCAAAGGCCGCGAAGGAAGCAGAAGCUGCCAAG